AUGGCGCCCAAGAUCGCACGUCCUAUGGCUGCGGCAAAGCCAAAGAAGGGCACGGACGUGGAGGUGGCAUCGAGUUGCGGGGACUUGGUCUUUGAGGACGAUUUUUGGGAGUCAGACUGGAUUCUGCCUCCUCCUGAUCAUCCCGUAUGGUGGGAGCGCAGACCUGAACGAAGCCGCUCACCACCACCACCACGUGCAGCACCCGGCACUCCACCUGGGCCACCACCUAGAACGCCGCCAGAUGAUGUUAUGCUGCGGGUGCCGAUGACGCCACCAGAGCAUGAACUGGGAGAACGUGAUGGGGUUCUCACCUUCGAAGAAUCGUGCGUCCAGGUACAAGGUCUGAAGCUUUGUGGCCCGCAAGCAAAGCCAUUGAAAUCAAACAGACCGGUCGGCGAUGUUUGCUUCAUCGAUCUUCCUCUUCGUGACAUGGAUGGCAUAGGAGGCAAGCUCGAACAGUUUGCUGACAUCGUGCAGAACUUCCCAGUCCAGGGCAACUUCAAGAUCGAUGCUAACUUCUUAGACAUGACUGUGUACCCUCUCUGUACCUUAUAUUCUGCAGAUCGUGAUGUGCCAUCCUACCUUCCACCAGACAAAGAGCAGGACUAUGUGGACAUCUUCAAGCACAUCUACUUGCACAAAAACAAAGUCUCAUCUGCUGAUUGCGUAUCAUUUUGUCAUGGAGCUCCUGUCUGCUUCGAUUGGGGGAAACAGACUCGAUUGGCUUUAGCUGGACGCAACAACAUGUUGGAUCGCACCGGCGGCAUGCAGAUUCGGAUUUGGACCCUCGCCCCCAAGUUUGAGAAGAAGCACACUUUAGAUCAGAGUGCUCGAGAGUCUGGGUACCGAUUCAUUCGAGAACAUGGUCCUCGCUCGAACAACAUGAACCAAUUCAUGGAAUGGACUGACGAACAAGUGCAUUGUCCCGGUGGUCCUUUGGAGGGAUGGCAGGAAGGAAAGGUGAAGGAAGCCCUUCACAACUAUUAUCGUGGUCGGCAAAAUGCAAAGACGAUCCAGUACUGGCCAUUGACAUUGAAAAGCUUUGUGGCAUGGUUUCUCGACGAGAUCCUUGUCAAGAUGCUCCCAACCAUGCGGCAGCACGCCAUCACAUGGAUCGGGCGUACUCGUGUCGGAAAAUCUUUGGGCUCCAAAACCAUUCUGUUUGCUCAAUCCAAGUUCGAGAUCACACAAGCUGAUCGAGAAGAUCUUGUACCUUCAAUUGUGACUGCCAAGCACCUUGAUUUCUUUAAAGCCGAGCCGAUCACGAAGUUCAAGCCAGGAGUCUUCGAUGACGGCAUGCUACAACGGAUGGAUUCGUCUUUCCUCAAGGAAGAAGAUGCCACGGUGUGGGCUCGCUACUCCUCGGCGCAAUUCGACCAGGGUUCUGGACGUCAUGCUUGUAACAACCCCUACAACCAUGUUCUUGAUUGUGAGCUCUUCGAAAAGAUGCAGAGCACAGGUUUUUGGAACAUUCAACAUAAGGACUUCCUCGACUUGAUUGCUCCUUCCUUCACUGGUGUCGAGGAUGCAGAGGACAUGGCAGCAAUCUUGGCUCGUACGCACGCCAUCGUCUUGACCGAGAACGGGGUGUACUACCGUGUUGCAAGCACUGAGAAGGGCAAUGUCGAUUUCAUCGCUUGGCAGAAUCCGCAGAUGAAGGACAUCUUGGCUCCUGAGUACAAACCGAUCUUCAAGGCUUACAAGGCAGAUCCUGAAGCUCAUGUUCUUCCUGAAGGAUAUCAUGCAGACUCUAUCUGGUCCCAAGAGUUGCUUCGCAAACUUCUUCGAGGGGAACCAGUUGCCAGAACCAUUACUGUUCGUCAACGUGGCCUUUUCGACGAGAAUGUGCGCGAGAUGCAAGAAGCUCCACGUCUUCUUCCCACAGCAGAAUCUGCAUUGCAAGUGAAGCGUGAAAAGGUCAACCACGUUUGGAAGCACUUGAAGCGUUGCCCUGUCACCACCGUCAUUGAGCUCGAUUCUCCUUCUCCUGCAAAAAGGGUUCGGCCUUCAGCGCCUGCAUCAUCUUUGCCAUCCUUGCCUGCCAUGCCUUCUUGUCCUGUCAUGAAUCCUGGAAAUGCUGAGUUGGGCUUGCUUGAACAUGAGGAGCAGGAAGCAAUCGAUUUAGAGAAUGACAUGGUGAGCUUCAUGGAUGAGAUAGAUGGUAUGCCACCUGUGCCCGAGGGUCCUGAUGAGGACUAG